AUGACGCCGGACUGGGAAUGGGGCCUUUUGCCUCUUAGCACCCUCAACCCUCCUUCUGAAGAAGCCAAGCUGCGCUUCCCCCGCAUCGACGCGGACAGGCGAGGCAUUUGCUGGUUUCGGGCGCUGGACAAGGCUGACCCGGAUCCUUACAUCCACUGGGCUGACCUCAAGAUGGGCCGGAUUCCCAUUUCUCGCCCCGAAGCUCCCUCAGCCAGCACCGACCCGCAGGUCCACGAGCAUGCGGUUCCAUUGCAGGCCGAGGUCGGCCAUGAGUUCCUGGAGAAACUCACCUCCCAGGACAAGAAGAGGAAGGACCCGGAGCCUGGCGCCGGCCCGAGCGUGGCUCCCCCCGCCAAGCGCCCCAAGAAGCCCGCCAAGAGGCACUACGUGAGGCGGGAGAUGCCCACGUCUGACGGCCCAGCGCUCAAGGUUUCAAAGAGCGCUUCUGGAAUGCCUCCGGAAAGCUCUGAGGAACCCGCGAGGUCUUCACCUCCUCCUCGUCAAAGUCCGGUACCAUCCGGUGCCGGCAACUCUUCUGCCUCCCCUCUGGGGGGUACUACAAGUGCGGGGUGCGUGGCCCCUAAAUCUCCAGACCACCGCGCGGAGGAGGACCUUGUCUCCCCUCCAGAGAAUCAAGAUAUCAGCGCCAGCAACACCGGCGCCGAAACCGAAGAUGCCGGGCCGGUGGGAACUUUGGUUCCUACCGCACCCAAGAAGAAGAAAAAGAUCCCUGCUUCCUCCUCCUCGAAGUCCUUGCCGGAAACUUCCGCACCGGCAAAUACUAUCACUACACCGGGCGCGCCCAAAGCUGCCUCCAUGCCUCCUCCGGCAGGUUCAGCCGGAGGCUCUGGUACCGCCAAGCCCCCAACGCCGCUGCCAAGCCAAGAGCCCAUUGUGGCCAAAAACAAACCGGCGCCACCGCCAGAGGGCGCUAAGCUCCGCAUGCUGGAACCCUUCAAGGGGAAGGCAACGGCUUCUGGCCCGCAGCCCCUGGUGCUGCACGCCGGUCCCGCCGCUGUCGUGGCCGGAGAGAAGGCUACCGGCCUGCUGGGCCGGAUCACAGAGCUUAAACGCGAGGGCCGCGAGCUGGGACACUUCCUUGGUUACGCCGAGAAGUGGAACCAGGCGGAUAUCCCACGGCUACGCGCGGCGUGGGGAAAGACCGGCUUCCAAUCGUCGAUCCGGCCGGCCCCAAGAGCACUGAAGAGCACCUCAUGCGGCUCAAGCGAGCGAUUGUCCUCCAUUGAGGCCCUCAAGAGCCAGCUCAGCGACCUCCACGCCGAAAAGGAGCAGCUCCUCCGGAAGCACCAGGAGGCCUUGGACGCCCAAAAGGAAAUCUCCAGGCAGCUCAAGGAGCAAGCCAUCCAGGCCGGUCUCCCGCAUGAUGAGGAGAUGAAGGAGGCCAAGGCAGCUGCUGAGGCUAAACUCGCUGAGGUGCUGGAGGAGUCCGCCAACGCCAAUGCGGUGCUGCUGGCAGAGCUGGAGGAGGAGCGGAAGGAGCGGAAGGCGGUGGAGCACCGGAUGGAGCUCAUGACCACUGAUCAUAAGGAAUAUGAUCGGCUGGUCAUGCAGAUUGACGCGCUGGCUCUCAAGCACUUCCCGGACUCCCAGCCGCACGCCGUAAAAAAGGUGAUGGAGGACCGGGUGGCGCGAGAGUUCCCGAACAUGGAUGCGCACUGGGAUGGGUACGACUAUUUGGUCGCACUCUCCGCCCGAGCCGUACCAGCCAACGUCACGCUCACCGCCGAUCGGCUGAAGGAUGCAGGGCGCCGGAUCCGCGAGUGGCAAUGCUUAGCGGCCCGUGCCGGAGCGGACCAUGCCUUGCGCAUCGCCUGCUCCUGGUAUGAGAACCUUGACCUGGAUUCCUUCCACAGCCUCCGCCGCGACGCUCCAACGGACACGGAUCCGGUCCUCACCGCAAAGCGGAAGGACCGGGCCUACCAGAUCGCGGAGUCCGCGCCGAUCCGCACCUUCAUCCCUCCUCCUCCUGGAGACCAAGAUUGGCUCAGCGACGAGGAAGAAGAGGAGGAAGAAGAUGAGGAUGCCGAGGACACGCUCCCGGAAGCUCCAGAGGCCGGUGCUGCUCCCCCUGAAGCCCCCGUUGCUUGA